AUGGUUCGGGUCCGAGCUGUGGUGAUGGCCCGAGAUGACUCCAGUGGGGGCUGGCUGCCUGUGGGGGGCGGGGGCCUCAGCCAGGUGAGCGUAUGUCGGGUCCGAGGGGCCAGGCCCGAGGGGGGGGCCCGCCAGGGGCACUACGUCAUCCACGGGGAGCGACUCCGAGACCAGAAAACCACCUUGGAGUGUCCCCUGAGGCCAGGCUUGGUUUACAACAAGGUGAACCCCAUCUUUCAUCACUGGAGCCUGGGUGACUGCAAGUUUGGGCUGACAUUUCAGAGUCCUGCAGAGGCUGAUGAGUUCCAGAAGAGCCUGCUGACUGCACUGGCCGCACUGGGUCAAGGCUCGCUCACCCCCUCCUCCUCCUCCUCCUCCUCUUCCCCUUCCCAGGACACUGCUGAGACCCCCUGCCCUCUGACGUCCCACGUGGACAGCGACUCCUCCGGUCACAGCCGCCAGGAGACACCUCCCACCACCGCUGCAGCUGCGGCCCCCACGGUCAUCAUCGCAGAGUCAGCUUCUGGCUUUGGGCUGGCCACGCCCCCCCAGCGCCGACGCCCCUCUGCUCAGAGCUACCCUCCGCUCUUACCGUUCACGGAGAUUCCGGAACACUCAGAGGCCCUGGGCGGGGCAGGGGGCCUUGGCUGGGGCGGCCGCGGCUAUGAGGACUAUCGGCGCACAGGGCUGCCCGCGCCCCUUACCCUGUCCACCUGCGUUGUACGCUUUGCCAAGACUGGCGCAUUGAGGGGUGCAGCCCAGGGGCCCCCAGCCGCCCUACCCGCCCCUCUCACAGAGACUGUGCCCCCAGCUCCUGCCAAGGCGUCCCCGGAGGCGGAGGAGGCAGCGCGCUGCGUGCACUGCCGAGCGCUCUUCCGCCGCAGAGCAGAUGGGCGUGGUGGUCGCUGCGCUGAGGCCCCAGACCCAGGUCGCUUGCUGGUGCGCCGUCUCAGCUGCCUGUGGUGCGCGGAGAGCUUGCUCUACCACUGCCUGUCCGACGCUGAGGGCGACUUCUCGGACCCUUGCGCCUGCGAGCCGGGCCACCCACGUCCCGCUGCGCGCUGGGCUGCGCUGGCCGCACUCUCCCUGGCGGUGCCCUGCCUCUGCUGCUAUGCACCCCUGCGCGCCUGCCACUGGGUUGCGGCCCGGUGCGGCUGCGCUGGCUGCGGGGGUCGCCAUGAGGAGGCUGCGCGGUGA